AAUACUAAAAAAAAAACGUACUACGUUGUCACGACUUGCAUUUGCUCCCAAAAUGGCUCCCGACAAGCCGUUCGGACGGACAACGGUGCUCAUUUGCACAGGCUUCUUCGCGCUCCUUUGCUGCUGCUCGCCGCAAGCACGAGCCGCGAACAACUACACGUUCGCGAGGGACGCGGGGCAGGCGGCGCCCGUGUCGUACUACGACUACAUCAUCGUGGGCGGCGGCACGGCGGGCUGCCCGCUUGCGGCGACGCUGUCGCAGCGCUUCCGCGUGCUCCUCCUGGAGCGCGGGGGCUCCCCCUACGGCGACGAGCGCGUCGAGAACAUGACCCACUUCGAGCGCACGCUCUCGGACUCGUCGCCGGGCUCCCCCGCGCAGCGGUUCGUGUCCGAGGACGGCGUGAUCAACUCGCGGCCCCGGGUGCUGGGCGGCGGCAGCUGCAUCAACGCCGGCUUCUACACGCGUGCCAGCGACGACUACGUGCGUGAAGCAGGGUGGGACAUUGGGGCGGCGAAGCAGGCGUACCGGUGGGUGGAGGACGUGGUCGCGUUCCAGCCGGAGCUCGGGCCGUGGCAGGCCGCGCUGCAGCGGGGGCUCAUGGAGGCCGGCGUCGCGCCGGACAACGGGUUCACGUUUGAUCACAUUGACGGCACCAAGGUCGGCGGGUCCAUAUUUGAUGCGGAGGGGAGGCGGCACACGGCCGCCGACUUGCUCCGGUACGCGCGCCCCGACGGCCUCGACCUGCUGCUCCGGGCCAGAGUCGCCAAGAUUCUGUUCAACGUGCGAGCGGGGAGGCGGCCGGUGGCGCACGGGGUGGUGUUCCACGACUCGGAAGGGCGGAUGCACAAGGCGUACCUGAACGCGGGGCGGCGCAACGAGAUCGUGCUCUCGGCGGGCGCCAUGGGCAGCCCGCAGCUGCUGAUGCUGAGCGGCGUCGGCCCCGCGGACCACCUGCGGUCCUUCGGCAUCACGCUCGUCCUGAACCAGCCCGCGGUCGGCCAGGGCAUGGCCGACAACCCCAUGAACGCCGUCUACGUGCCGUCGCCUUCCCCGGUCGAGGUGUCGCUCAUCCAGGUCGUCGGCAUCACCCGGCUCGGGAGCUACAUCGAGGGCGCCAGCGGCUCCAACUGGGCCCUGCGCCCCCGCUCCGCCUCCGGCAACCACCGCCCGCCCCGCAACUUCGGCAUGUUCUCUCCACAGACGGGGCAGCUGGCGACGGUGCCCCCGAAGCAGAGGACGCCGGAGGCCAUCGCGCGCGCGACGGAAGCGAUGAGCCAGCUCGACGACUCGGUGUUCCGUGGCGGCUUCAUCCUGGAGAAGGUCCUUGGCCCCUUGUCCACGGGCCACCUGGAGCUCCGGAACCUCAACCCGGACGACAACCCGGCGGUGACGUUCAACUACUUCUCGCACCCGGAGGACCUCCGGCGCUGCGUCGACGGCUUGACGGUGAUCGAGCGGGUCAUCCAGUCCAAGGCCCUGGAGAACUUCACGUACCCGUACCUCUCCGUCGAGGACAUGCUCAACAUGACGGCGGACUUCCCCGUCAACAUGCGCGCCAGGCACGACAACGACUCCAGGUCCCUGGAGCAGUUCUGCAAGGACACCGUCAUGACCAUCUGGCACUACCACGGCGGCUGCCAGGUCGGCAGGGUCGUCGACGCCGAGUACCGGGUGCUCGGCGUCGACGCGCUGCGCGUCAUCGACGGCUCCACGUUCAACGCCUCGCCCGGGACGAACCCGCAGGCCACCGUCAUGAUGCUCGGCAGGUAUAUGGGAGUCAAAAUCCAAAACGAGAGGUUGCACGCUGAAGGUUUAGCUAGGAGAAAAUUGUAGUUCGAUCAAUCAAACAACGUCCGCAGGCACGUUAAGUGUUUGUAUUGCUGAGUAUGUGAUGCUUGUUUUCACUGUUUGUAGCCUGAACGGGAGACUUGUCACGGGUCUCAUGGACUGAGCUUGUUUGGGAUGAAUUGUAGUACAUCACUGUUGGAAAGUGUGUGUGUCAUAUGUACUACUAUCAAGAUGAAAUCUUUAUUCUGUGAAACAAAUUGAAAUUUGAUUACUA